AUCAUAAUUCAGGCGAGAGGAGAUUAUUAGCAUACCAUCCACAAGUUUACAGGCACUAUCCAUCCUGAAAUUAAGAUAGUCUUGCAAGCAUUUUCUCUCUCUAGAUCAUCUCUUCGAAACCAUGGAAGCCGUUGCUACCGCAGGCGUCGAGGUUCUUGUCCAAAACCUGAUCAACUUUCUCAAGGAAGAGUACUCUCUGCUUCGAGGUCUCGAGGAAGAUGCCGGAAAGCUGCAGGAGACUUUGGAGAUGGUUCAAGCCUACUUGAGUGGUGCUGAGACGAAAUCCAUCACUGACGAUGCUGUGAAGAUGUGGUUGAGGAAACUUGAAGCUGUGGCUUUCGAUGCUUAUUAUGUCUUGGAUGAACUCAACUAUCAUUUUGUCUACAAAAAAGCCAGGAAAAUGGACGCACUCAAUCCCAAUCCCAAGCUGAAGAAUAAGGUACUAUCAUGCUUCUCAUCCUGUAGUAGUAGUAGUACUCGCUUUUCACGUCGCUCUAAAAUGGCUCAUGCCAUCAAACAUAUCAAUGCGGAUUUUGAGUCUGUGAACAAAAAGGCAACAAAUCUUGGCCUUCAACUCAUUCUUGCGAAUUCACUUCCCGCUGUUGCUGAUACUUCUGAUGAGACUGAUUCGUUGAGUCUUGAUCCAAUCUUUAUUGGAAGAGAUGAUGAUGUGCCUAUACUAGUUGACAUGCUCACCCAGACCCACCCUGAGGAAGACAAACCAAUGUUCUCCAUUGUUGCUCUUGUGGGAAUGGGGGGUAUGGGGAAGACCACGCUCACUAAAAAAGUCAUCCAUCAUGAAAGGGUGAAGGCUCGAUUCGGAUCACUUCUCUGGGUUCAUGUUUCUCAAACCUUUGAUCCCAUCAUUCUUUUCAAAAAAAUCCUUUCAACAUUCCCUUCACAAGGUGGUGAUGAAUGUCAGAGUAAGGAAGCUAUCCUGAGAAAGCUUCAAGAUGCUCUCAAGGAGAAAACAUACCUUCUUGUUCUUGAUGAUGUAUGGAAUGAAGAUGUUCCAAAGUGGGAAGACUUUAUAAAUUCCAUGUCAGGAGUUACUUCCACCAUGGGAAAUGGCAUUAUCAUCACUACCAGGAGUCAAAAGGUUGCUUCAAUUGUGAACCCACUUCAAUACACUUUGAGAGGCUUAUCAGAUGAUGAUUGCUGGUCUAUAAUUAGAGAAAAAGCAUUUGAUGGAAAUGAAGAAGUCCCGCCACAAUUUGAGAUUAUUGGAAAAAAGAUUGCGGAGGCAUGUCGAGGUUUGCCCUUAGCUGCCAAUGUAGUUGGCGGCGUCCUUCGACGAUGUAAGUCCGAAGAAGAGUGGCACUCAAUCAGUAUAAAUUGUCUUACAGAUGCUGAAGGUGCUGAAAGAAUAAAAAAGAUACUGAAAUUGAGUUAUAAUUAUUUGCCUUCACCAUCUCUGAAGAAAUGUUUUGCAUACUGUUCAAUUUUUCCUAAAGGUGAUUGGAUUAUUAAGCAUCGGGUAAUUGAGCAGUGGAUGGCAGAAGGGUUUCUUCAACCAGAUAAAAGAAAUGAGAUGGAAGAUGUGGGAAAUAAGUUUUUCAACGUUCUUCUACACAACUCUUUGCUUCAAGUUGCAUGGCGAGAUGAAUAUGGAAAUGUGGAAGGUUGUGUGAUGCACGAUCUAGUGCAUGAUCUUGCAUCUUCUGUUUUAUCUAAUAAUAAUGCGGAUGGCAGCACCCCCAUCCGAUACAUGUUUCUUGAAGUAGAAUCAAGUCAUAUUUCGAAAGAAGUGGCCAAGCAAUUGCGUACAUUAAUCUUGAAAAGUGGAACUUCUAAUACCACGUUCUCAGACUUCCAGUGUCUGCAUAAUCUAACUCUCGAUGAUGAUAAUAUUACAGAGUUGUCCAAUUCAAUUAGGGAGUUGAUACAUUUGAGAUAUCUUGAUAUUUCAAAUACAUGUAUUAAAGACUUGCCGGAGUGGAUUGGUGAACUCAGCCACUUGCAAACGUUAAGAUUAUCACGUGUUUCGUCUUCGCAGAAACUGGCAAACACGUUGAAGUACUUGGUUAACUUAAGACAUUUGUAUAUCAAAGAUGUAGAGUUGCCUGCGGAGAUUGGGAGAUUAACAAGUCUCCAAACACUACCUUGCUUCAAAGUGGGUGAAGAGAAGGGUUAUCAUAUUGAAGAACUCGGAAAUUUGAAAAAUCUCAAAGAAAAAUUAGUUAUUACAAAUCUUGAGAGGGUGUGUGACAAGGAAGAGGCUCUGAAAGCCAAUAUAUUACAGAAGCAACACUUAUCUGAGUUGCAGUUUGAAUGGGGAUUGGAUUGUUGGGGUGAAAGAAAUGAUGAGAGUGUGUUGGAAGGUCUCAAACCUCAUGCAAAUCUGAAGGAGUUGAGCAUUGAUGGAUACAAAGGCAUAAAAUUUCCAACAUGGUUACGGGGUGAACCUCAAGGCUCUUGCUUACCACUUCAUAACUUGAUUCAGAUAAAACUGGAGAGUUGUUCAGAAUGUGAGGAAAUAACAUUGGACCACUUGCCAAAUUUAAGGUCGCUCUUUAUAAGGGAAUUGAAGAGUUUGAAAUGUUUGUCAAAGAUGUUUUUCUAUAACCAUCGCAAGCUUUCAUACUUGGACAUUUGUUAUUGUGAUAUGUUGGAAGCAUUACCAGAUGGGCUGGACACCCUCAAUUCUCUGAAGGGGUUGAGAAUAGUAGGAUGUGGAAAUCUGAAGUCGAUGGGGAAUCCAAGCUGCGGAGGAGGAGAAAAUCAAGGAAUCCUCCGUGAGCUGCGUAUUUCUAACUGCGGAGAACUGAUGGAAUUGCCACGUCAAAUGCUAGAGUUGUGGGGCCCUACAAUUGAGGAACUUGAAUUGGAAGGAUUAAGGAGCCUAAAGAAUCUACCAAUGCUAGUUGACUGCAUGGCUAAAUCAUCUACUCGUCUCACAACUUUAAUAAUCAUGGGCGUUCCUAAAUUGAUGCCUGCUGGUAGUGUUGAGAGUUGGAAUUUAGGUAGCUUAAAGACUUUAAUGAUAGAUGUGAGUGAGGAGUGGUCAAGGGAGAAUUGUGUUGGCAUUAAUGAGACUGUGAAUGGCAUAUUGGAAGGCUGUUGCAACUCACUUGAGUGGUUAAUAUUAAGAGGGGUGGAAAAUUGGGAGUGGCUGCCUCAAUCAAUUCAACGUCUCACUUCUCUUUAUUGGUUAGAGUUAAAGAAUAUAGGGAUAGAAGAAUUGCCGCAAUGGUUUGGAAACCUCUCAGCACUGAAGAUGUUGGAUCUAUAUGGCUGCACAAAGUUGAGGUGUCUGCCCUCUGUGGAUGCAUUCAAGCCCCUUACUAAAUUAACAAUGUUAGAAAUUAAAAACUGUCCAAAGCUAAGUAUUGAUUCGGAGUGGCGCAACCAUCCCAAUCUCAAAAUCAAGGUUGAUGGCGACCGCAUUUGAAACUCGUAGCAAUUAAGUUGUGAGUGUGGAGCGGUCAAGAGAGACUGGUGUUGACAUUAACAGGUAUAUUGCAAGGGUGUUGCAACUCACUUUCAGAGGGGUGAAAAAUUGGAGCAAGUUGACGUGCUUGCCUUCUGUGGAUGCACUGAAAUUAGAAUGGUUAGGAAUUGUCGAUACGAUCGCCAUCUCAAAAUCGAGGGCAAGCACGACCGCAAAUAAUGAAUCAGCUCCAAGUGAUUGGUCCGAGCCGGCACCUUGGCUAGUCUAAAAGCUCGUAUUUCAGAUGGACUUCAACAGCAUGGCUUGUGGCUCGAGAGAAAAAUAGCAAGUGUUGAAUAUUGUGAAAUUAAAAAUCUCGAGGUCAUGAUGGGCUUCGCCCAUUCGGAAAGAUUCUGCAGCUCGUGAUUAGCUUCGCAGUCCGUAGAUUAUAAAGUAGGGCACCAAGGGUCAAUGUUAAGAGACUUGUAACACAUUCUCCUUGAUGAUAGAUUAAGGUGAAUUGAAUGGUAGCUAAUGCUUUCCAUCUUCUAUUCAAGAUUAUCGAUUGGGAUGCUUUCCGAUUACAACAUGUUAUUCAAUGUUUUUCAA